AAAUAUUGGAAGUACUGCAGUGACCGCUCUACGAAACUACAAAAAAAAGCCGGUGGCUGGGAAGGCAAGAUGUCGGCAUAGCUGAUUGACUGUCAUAUACGGCUGUGUCACAUCGAGCCAGCUCAAUCCACCGGCGUUCGACGUGCGAAGAACGGAAGGUGUCAGAAGUCAGAAGAUGAAUGCUCCCGUAGCGAAGUCUAGGAUGCGUUAUCGCGAUCGCUCCCGUAACGGUGCGGGGUGGAGGGUGCCAGUGACAGCUGUCACUGCACUUUCGUAAUUUCGUUUCGUUCGUAGCUUCUUCGUUUGUCGAAGCGAAAAUCUUUAUUUUUAUCACACACGACGAUGUUCCCGUAGAGUGCGACCGGCUCUGUGCGCGAAUUGCGAAUUGCGAUACGAAAACACGACGUCAGAAUGGCGAAUGAUGAGGUGCUUGGUCCGCGGAAGACCAUGUUCGUUUUUGUGAUUGUUGUUGGCUGUUUUGCCGUGCUGUGGCCCAGGAUUCUGUCUCCGCUGAUCGUGGGCCACUCUGCGGACCAUCUCAAGCCGAACAAGUUCGACCGGGAGGCAGGUUGCUGCGAGGUCAUAUUCGAGACGGAACUGGCCGUACUUCAGUUGCUUAACGAAGUGUGCGGAACGACGCAAUCCGCAACCGAGUGCCGCACGGCGAUCAACAGCACGUGCGGAGUUGAUAUUGCGGCGUAUAUCAAGCGUGCGGAUAACGUCGGGAAGUCGACCAAGAUGAUCGUUGAAGCCAUGAAGAGGAGUAACAGUUCGUGUCUAAGACAGAACUUUGGGGUGCCCGUCUACAGUAUGGGAGAGCAUUUUGCAGUGGACUCGAACUACCAGCAAGACAUACUGAAGCAGGAGCGUCCACCGAUCCGCAUCGGCCAGCAUCCAGCGCUGCUCGAGCGAGGCCGCGCCAUCCCGCCGGGCCCGCCGCCCGCGCGCCCCGUGGUGCUGCCGCCGCAUGUCAGGGUACGCUCGCCUCUCUCUGUGUACUACGAGGUGGAGAUCAAGCCACCGCCCAUCCCGGGCAUGCGCCCGCCGCUGGGCUCCCCGGGCGGGCCGGUGCCUGCCCCCAAGUCGUCCAUGGGGUUCGUGAUGCCCAUCUACACCAUAUGCAUCAUUGUGUUCUUCGUCUACACUCUGAGUAAGAUAUUGUUCAAGCGGACCGGACCGUACGAGCCAGUCGCCCCCGACCCGCAGUUCAGGAGACGGGUGUUCCGGGACGACUCCAGGACAUCGCCUGACAAACUGGGACACAAAGAAGCUGAUGCGAGGGACGCCGAGCUGGCGGCGUUACGCAGCAAGCUCGCGGAGACAGAGCGCGCGUUGCAAAGGAUUGUGGGGCAACUCGCGCAGCGCGAUGCGGAAGCGCUGGAUAACGCUCGCCCAUACACCAAUGGUACUGUCAUACACAGCGGCGUCGUACAAAUAGUCGCUACCGAAUACAGGGAUAAGACUCCCGAACCCCAAAAAGAGAAAGAAUCCACUCCAGAAAUAAAAGAAAUCAUUCCUGAGCCCGAAGUUAUAGCACUAGACGCUGAUAAAGAUGUAAGAGAUGAAACUUUAGAAAUAAUAGAAAAAGAAGUGUUACAAAAACAACCAAGUCCUGAACCAGAAAUACCUUCUAUAGAUACACCAAAAGAAAUUGAAGAUUUUGAACAAGUUAAUGAAAGCGUACAACAAAUUACAAACGACUUAGUAGAUAUAGAUGUAAAAGAACCUAUUGCAGAAGAAUUAGCAGAUGAAAAGGCAAAUUUAGAUGAAGUUAAUGCAGAACUUGCGUCAUCAAUACCAGAACAAGAAAUUAACAAUCAAGAAGAAGAAUUGAAGGCAGAUGAAAAGGCAAAUGUAGAUGAAGUAAGAGAACAACCUGACUCACUAAUUCUAGAACAAAAAGUUAAUAACCAAGAAGAAGAAAAUGUAAUAGAUAGUAAAGUUACUGAAGAAAUUGAACAGGGAAAUACUGAUUUUACAAAAUCAGAGGAGUUUUUAAAAGAAGAGAGGAAAGACAGAGAGGAACAAGAGUUGUCAACUGAAGAUUUAUUAGAAGAAGCUAUAAAAGACUUGCCUGAAGAAAUGGUGGUGGAUGAUAAAGAAAACCAAAGCGUCAAGGUGGUGGGCAUGGAGGUGACGGCGCACGCAGCAGACGGCGGGUCCUGCAGACCCGAGCCGCCCAAAGCGCCGCCGCAGACUAAAACGCACGAAGCGGAGGAGGUGCAGUCCAUAUUCCUGCAGACGGAGAUCCCGCAGCAGUCGCGAGUGCUGGUGGCGGACUUCGCGCAGGAGAGGCCUCAGCCGGAGCCGCGCACCAGCUCGCCCGUGAGUACACCGGGCGGCAGACUGCUGGUGGUGAGCGGCAAGAUCACCCUGUCGCUGAUACAGGACGCGCCGCGAGACACGCCCGAGCGCGACCCCGAGUCCACGGUGGAUGACUUCACGACGGCCAGCGCGUUCACACAACCGGCAGAAAAAGAGGAAGAUAUAGAAGAGUCCGACGAGGAAAUUGAAAUUGAAGAGGAAAUAGAGAUAGAAGAGAUCGAGGAGGAAGAAGAGGAGGAGAAAAAAGACGCGCAAAAAUAAACAGUGAACUGAUAGUAUUAGAACUAACAAUGGUAUAUAGGAGCUAGUGGUUCGGUUACGUCACUUUGUUGAGUCAUUGCGAUUGUCGCUAUCAUUAUGAUUGUGACCAAUUGAAUAGAUUAAGAAUUAAGCCGGAUUUAAAAUUUUCCGAAAAUUAAGUAAACACGUAAUUUAUCUCUACACAAAUCUUAUUAUGAAGAGGAUGAAUUUGUUUGUUUGUAGUGAAUAUGCUCCGAAACUGAUAGACCAAUAACAAAAAAUAUUUCACCAGUGGAAAGCUAUAUUAUCAGCGAGUAGCAUGGGUUAUAUUACUACGCUGAUAAAAUCACAGGUGAUUCACUAGAUAAGAGACUAGGAAUCGAAUAUUGGACUAAUUACAAACUAAAUUUUGCUGUUAAAAAACUGUUUCUGACCAUUGACGCUUUAUUUUCAAACGGCAAAUGAGAUUUUUCCAAAUUCUGUUGAUUAUGCAAUUCUGUUUGUCUCAUUUUUCCCCUCAAACUAUUGCUAGCUUCUGUAUUAUAUUAAUUAGGAAUAAAUUGUUUCAAAUUAAUCCUACUUUAAGGUUUAAAUUUGAUACAUUUCGUAAGGUGACAAGGUAAUGCUUUUUUUUUUCAUUUUUGACAAAUUCUCAGUGAGAUUCUCAAUCUUUUCUAGCAUGAAGUGACUCUUAAAGUAAUCUCAAUUUUAGAAAAAAAGGAUGGUCGUUUUGAUAAUCAUAUUGUUUCUUGCACAUAAUGUGGUAAAACUUUUUUUAUAUUAUUAUAUCUUUUGAUUGGGGACCAUCCAUAUGUCGUGACGUCACAAUUAUUCCAUGAUUGGUUUUAGCUUUUUGCUGCAAUUCUAAUUCUUUAAAGGCAUGUUAGUAGACAAAGCUUGUAUAAUUUCUCUAUAACUUGAGAGUUGUAACUUAGUCAAUGGAUGCCCCUUGUAAUGUUAAAAACACAAGUAUACAAAAAAUGUUUAGAAUUAAUUAUUAGUAAAUAAUUAGAUGUAUUAAUUACCACAACACAUAAUAAAUUCGUACUUUUUAUAUUAAAUGUGAAUUGACUGUGAGUCAAAAUGGUAGUGAAUUGUAAGUUAUAACUAAACUAAAGCUAUACGAGGAGUACUGUUUACUAACAAACAAAUUAGAAAUGAGGGUAGAAAACGCAUGUCAUUUCAUAACUUUUUUAUUUUAAAUUAUGAAUUGUUGUUUUGUAAAAUAUUAUUAAAAAUAUAGUAACUAUAUCUAAUUGUUUUAAGCUUAUUAAUCAUAUUUAUUUUAAUUAAUUUAAGAACAAGUUAAUUAUAAUUAUUAUUAGAUUUGAAAUGACUAGAGAUUUAUACCCUCAUUUUAAAUUUGUUUGUUGGUAAACAGUACUCCUCAAGUAUGGCUUUAGUAUAGUUAUAAUGUUAAAUGCAAAAACUCAUAAAUAAUGACAUAGAUUACCCUAUUUAAGGGCACAUCUAUUAGUUUGAAAUUUAUUAAGUGUUCAUAAUAAUGAGUUACAAUAUGACUUGUGUGCCAAAUUUACUUCCAGCUUUUUGAAUUUUGCAUAUAGACUUUGUGUAGAUUUUUAUAGAUUGGUACAUUUAUCGAAGAAAAAAAAAACGCCAAAUUAUUUGAAUUAAGUAUACAUUUGUACUGUAGCUUUUUUAAUUUCAAACAGUAAGUAAAUAAUUUAUAGCAUAGGCUGUAACAAAAUUUGUAUUUAUGAUAUAUUUCUUAUUAUUUUAUUUUAAUACAUUUGAUAAGAAAAAUUGUUUGUUAGUUUUUAUAAAAUAUUGUCAAAUAUGAAGCCGCGCACAUAGUCACACAUUUUUAAAUUUACACGCCAUUCUAAAUCGCGAGACUCCACGCCUCUCGACUUUUUAACCAACUUUCAAAAAGUAAGAGGUUCUAUGUAUAGUGGUUUGCAAAAUGUUCAUCUUUGUAUAUUUUAAAUUACAGUCAAGUGGGCAAAGCAAAAUGCUAAAUCGAGAAAAUACCUUAAAUUAAAAAAAAACGUGUUACUUAAACUUUAAUUUUAAAUAAUUCAAAUGUAUAAGAUAUUUCCCAUAAUCUAACAUUGACAUAUUUGAUGAGAAUUAAAAAAAGAAUUGAAUCAUCUAAACUAUUGAAAAUUUAUGUUGUUUAAAGUUAUGAUAUUUUCUCGGUAUCUGUGACUGGUAUAAUAAAUUACUCAAGUAUAAACUUUGUUCUAUUUGUGUUUUGCGUAUUGAACCAAGUUGUGUUAUUGGUUUCACUUGGUGUGUUUAAGUUCUGCAUUUAAAUUCUUUAUUUUUCUUCUUCUUUCUGCCUUCUGCUUAUUAUAUUUUUGCUUGUAUUAAACUCAUAUAUAUUACAAGUAAAAUAAAUACUUUAUUUGAUUUAUUUAUAGUACUUAAUUGUUAUUAAAGGAAUCCAUCAACUUGUGAGUAAAGAAAUAGCUUAACAUUCCUUUUGUGAAGAAAUAACAAAAAUAAUUAUUUAUAUUUUAUAUUCUUUUUAAAUUUAUUUUUGUUGUUAUAACACAUAGAUGGAUGUCAACAUUUAUUUUAUAGCAUUUUGUUAUAGUUGCUUAUUAAUUUUAUAAUAAUUGUUUGAUUAGUUUUAGUGAAGAAUAAAAUAUGUUUAACACUGA